UCUCUAUCUUCUCUAGUUCAUUUAGAAAAUUGUGUGUCCGUGUGAGCGUUAAAUAUAACCACUCUCUAAAACUGCCAUAAAAAGAAACUACGAAUGUUUUUUUUCUAAGCAAAUUUGACGUCUCAAACAAUUAACGAUGUGUGGAAAAAGUCUUGCGUUUUGGUGUUGCAUGCUUCCACUCAUCGCUUCAUCCUCGGAGCUUUGGCCAAAUUCCACGAAUGACGAUGGGGAAAAAAAUUAUUCGACAGUGCGAUAUCAAUUUGAUGCUAACACCAUGAGAAACUAUAAUGACGAAAAGAAUUUGGUGUGGUAUAAUUUGCACGAAAAUUUCACCAAAAAUAAUAAUGUGCAGUACGCGCAUCGCAUUUAUAAGAGCAACAACCGCAAGGAUGACCACUUGAUGCAGCAUAAAUUUCAAGCUCAUGCCAUCGCAAGGAGUUAUGAGAAUGAUAGGCAAAUGCCUGAAAAAUCUCGAACAAACUCAGCACAGACUGGCGACGAGAAUAAUUUCAUGUCACAAGAAAUCCAUAGAAAUUUGAAAUGGCCCAUAAGCAAGGACGGUUUUACAUCGCGCGAUUAUCUUGAAAAUUUCGAUACUGAGAAAAAUAAAAAUCAUAUUAUUCCGUAUAAAAUGUGCGACAAUAUUGCCUGCAUUCGAUUAUGCUGUCCUUUUGGUAAUCAUUUAGUUAAUGGAAAAUGUAUUGCCGGACAAGAUACAUUUAUUUUUCUGCAAAACAUGUACGGAUACAUUAAUGAUUCGUUGCAAAACGAAAGCAAGAACGUAGACGAACUAUUUCUUCUGAUCGUUCAAGAUCCAUGUCCACAGACUGGGAAGUAUUUAUUUAAUUCCUACCAAAAUAUGUUUCUCGUCGAUGGCUCUUUGUAUCUAUCGUAUUACAAAACAAUCAUCAAAUCAACAUCCUAUUGUCUCGCUAUCAUAGAUGAAAACAUAUUUGCCGUGAACGUUUGCUUGGAGAUUAUGAAGAAGAUCAUGAAUGAGACCACAACUCAUAAUAAAACUGCAAUUUUUUCGAAUAGUACAAAUGAAAACUUAAAGAGAAUCACGAAUGGUUCUACGUCAUACGCUCCCUUUAAAAAUUACAAUAGAGAUGGCAAUAAAAACAAUAUCAUUCCGUACAACAUCUGCGACAAUAUUACUUGUAUUCGGUUAUGCUGUCCUUUCGGUAAUCGCCUGAUUAAUGGAAAAUGCAUUGCCGUACAGGAUAGCUUUAUUUUGCUGCGGAAUAUAUAUGGAUACGUAAAUAAUUCAGCGCAGAAGAAAAGCAAAAUUAUUAAAGACGAUUCAUUUCUUCUGGUCGUUAACGACCCGUGUCAACAGACUGGAUACUGGACGUUUAAUCCCUAUUACAACGUAUUUCUUCUUAAUGGAUCUUUGUAUUUACCCUAUUACAAAAAAAUUGUCGAAUCAACAUCCUAUUGCCUCGCUGACGUGGGUCAAAACAAUUUUGUUGUGAACGUUUGCCGUGACAUUAUGAAAAAGAUUAUAAAUAAGUCUAUAAACUACAAUAGUGAUGUAAUUGAACCGAUUAGUACAAUUAGAAUCCUAGUUGUGUCCGGUCAAAUAGGGCUUAUACUGUUUUCGUUGGUGAUAUUCAUAGUGUACUCUAUGCCAGAGCUUCGAAAUAUGCACGGUUACAUAUUGCGUAGAUAUAGCGGCUCGUUAGUCAUCGGGUACACGAUUGGAUUAGUGAACUUAAUAAUCAGGAAGGAUGCUAUAGGAGACUCUAUCUGUAUCGCAUGUGCUUUAGUCAAAUACUAUACCUUUUUAGGAAGCUGGUUCUGGCUAAAUGUAAUGAGUUUCGAUAUGUGGCGUACAUUUAGACAAUUUUGCCCGUUACAAAGAAAUACGAAACAACAGGAGAGAAAAAAAUUAAUCAUGUAUUCUGUCUACGCAUGGGGAAUCCCCUUUUUAUUCGCUAUCAUUUGUGGCAUAAUGGAUUUUGUACCUGGCAUACCAGAAAACCUCCGACCGGAAUUUAGUGUCAAGUGUUCGUUUAAUAAAAAUGUGCCAUAUUUAUUAUAUUUUCACGAAAUUGUAAUUAUCUCUAUUAUCAUUAGCAUUUGUUUGCUCGUCUGUACGGCACGAAAUAUCGCACAUUACGAAAAAGAUAUUGCUCAUCUUUUGAGAGAUUCGGAAAGCCGGCGUUAUAAUAUCAACAAGCAAUGGUUUAAUCUAUAUCUGGAAAUAACUAAAGUACUAUUUAUCAUCAUUUGCAUAAAAUCAUACAUGUAUUGUAUCUAUAUAUUGUAUAAUGAACAGUCAUUUUCCGUUUCUUAUACCUCUUUUACGCUGGAAAUCUUACAAAACUUUUGCAUUUUCAUUAUAUUUAUAUGGAAGAGCAAGAUUAAGAAGCUGCUGCUAAAGCGAUUUGAUUGCCACAAUCGCAAAACUCAACACGCAUCCUCAAAUAAUUGUACUACUACGUCAGUAAUGAUUUCUCUGUCAAAUAAGAUAAAUCUUUUCAAAAAAACGGACCGUCGUGCAGAAAGUUCGUCUGAUUCGACCGACCUUUAGUGCUAUAAUGCGCGACAAGAGAUUCGAAUUCUAUCGUAAAUUAAAGAUCGGCGGUUAAUUAUUACAGUUAUUAAUUACAACACUAAAACAAUUGUUUAAUCGAUGAUUAAUUUUACAUUAUUAUACGUUGACCAUUUUGUUUGACAAAAUGGUAGUCCUGAUCCAUCUAUCAAAUGUGUUUUUGUCUAUUUCUCCUUUUUUUUCCUUUUAUCCGUUUUUUUCCCAGUUUUCUGAUUUUUACUUUUUAAUGAUAUAUUCAUAAGCCUUUCUUUUUUUAAUGUCUUGUACAGUUUGUAUUUUUUAAUUUUUUGAUGUCAAUUUUAUUAACAUUAUCAAAAAUUGUUGAUACAUCAACUUGAAUUAAACGUAAAAAUAUUAUAUAAAAAAUUAUAUAUUGAAUUAUCCUAUAUUUAUAUUAUUAUUAGUAAUGUAAUAGAAACAUUGUGUAAAGCGUGUAUCGAUAAAUGGUCUCACUGAUUUGUGUAUGCCAGUUUUGAUAUUUAUAUGAAUAUGACUAUUAUCAAUAACAUCAUGUUGUGAUAAAAAUAUAUCUGACAUAUACACAAUGAUUGACAAUUUUAAUCUUAAUCAACUCUAGAUAAAAUAUAUAUACAUAUA